AUGGCGGCCAACGUGAAUGCUGUGGCCCAGGACCCUCUUAGUGCUCUGGGUGAUAUUCAUCCUAUGAUUUAUGGUAUUGAGAUUACAACCAUUCAAUGCACCUUCAACUGGAACUUUGCCGAUGCUUUUGUCAUUUGCAUCAGUUUGUAUCUGACAUCAAGGCUUCAACAAAUUAAUGACAGAAUCGUUGCUGUACGGGGAAAGUUCGCACCUGCGUUAUUUUAUCGAACAGCGCGUGAGGAUUACACUAAGAUCGUCGGUUUAAUACGGAAAAUCGACGAAGUCAUCAACGGUGUUAUCUUUGUGUCUUUCGCUAUAAACGUAUUCAUUAUCUGUAUGCAACUUUUGCGUGCUAUUAAGCCCGUGCACGGAUAUAUACAAGCGAUAUACUUAAUAUAUUCCUUCUCGUUUCUGCUGAUGAGAUCUCUAGCAGUUUCUCUGAUUGCAUCUAAAGUUCAUACUGCAAGUCGAACUUCAGCUGAAUAUUUAUAUGAUGUUCCUUCAUCUGCUUAUUGCAGUGAGGUCCAAAGAUUUCUAAAUCAAGUUCAUAGUGAUGACGUAGCAUUGACUGGAUUGAAGUUUUUUAAUGUGAAACGUGGACUUGUUCUAACUAUUACGGCAACUAUUAUAACAUAUGAGCUAGUGCUCAUGCAAUUUGCUGGAGUGACACCGACUUUGCAACCCACAACAAGUCGAGUAGGGAGACACAUCGGUCCCCCGACUCCAAAUGUAAGGCUCGCCGAAUACCAGACGAGCCAUCCAUCUCAGGCUUCUCCAUUCUGGACAACAAACUUCCCCGAGUCCGCUACCCAGGGCCAUGGGAGUCAGGACAACAUCCCCUCAACUGUGAAGUUCAGUGGAUGCUCCCCAGUCCCCGCGGCGGAUCUGUUGGCAGGCUCCGCCGCAACACCUUACAUGCAUCCGCGUGGACUCUCUGAAGAGAGUCGCCCAAAUUCGGCCGCGGAGGACAGGACGAGCGCCAACGAUACACCGAAAUGUCUCUUCCUCCGCAGUCCCACCGCCAAUGCAUCUCCACCACUUUAA